AUGACGUCCUCCGACCCAUGGUCAAUAUCCGUCAAGGCUGUGGGAAUUGGAUUCAACUCGGAAGAAGAAGCAACCGCUGCGAGUUCAAGUCGCAAUGCUAAUGGAGAGCGCCAAUUUAUCGUCGAGGUGUCACCGGAAGAUGGAGUCGCCUCCUUGCACGACAAGAUUGAAGGAGCGACGGGUCUAAAGGCAUCUCAGCAACGACUCAUAUAUAGAGGGAGGCUAAUAGGCAAAUUUGAACAAAGAGACGAGAAUGAAGAACCGCGCAUCAAAGACAUUGCAGGUUUGUGUGAUGGACAAACGAUUCAUCUGGUCAAGAAGCGAGAUCAAUCGGAAGAGUCCAACAAUGAAUCGAAUGCUGGCAAUACCAAUGGCAGCAGUUCGGAUCCAACAGACUUUCUUGGCAAUGCUUCGAGCAGUGGCGGUGGAGGUUCCUUGCUAGCAGCCUUGCUGGGUCUUGGCAAUUUGCCGGAAGAGAUUUCCAAUGAAGACCGAGACAGCAGCGGUAUUAGUAUUGGUGGUGGUUCUUCCAAUACACCUACUGCAGCCAUGCCCACUACGGCAGCCUCUCCUUCCAACCCGGGAACUCGGGGACCACGAUGGGGCUGGAGGUCCUCUCGGAUAGGACGUCCAAGGCGGCCUCAUUACCGAUUAACAGCCGAGGACUUGCAGGUCAAUGAUCCUGGCUCGAUGGAACCUGUUCGACAGGGAUUGAUGACUCUUCAUACAUUAUUGCCACAUGCGCAACAGGUUCAUUCUGACCAAGUUUCCACACCGCUCGAAGCGAAUCGUGAAUGGUUCCGGGGACAAUGGAUUGACUGUAGAGAUACCGUGAACCAAUGGCUCGAAGCUACCGUUGUGGAGAUUAUGAGUCCAGACGAUAUUUUGCCACCCCGCGACGAAGAUUCUUUGACGUCGUCUGUUAGUAGACGCGGAGCUUUACCGCGACAUCAACGGCUACCACAUGUGGCCAACGAUCCUGCAGUCGGUGCUGCAGAUUUGCAGGGAAGAAGGCGAUUGUUGCUUGAACCCUGUGACUCCAAUGACUCGGAUGCGGAAGAAGGUUCGCUAGCAGGCUCUAGGCGACGCAGCAACAAUGAAGGAGUUCAAAUGCUACUAAUUCAUUACAAUGGUUGGCCUCAUCGAUGGGACGAAUGGAUUCGAAGUGAUUCGGAACGAAUUCGGCCCUUUCGAACAAGAACGAGACAUCCCAAUGUGUCAUCUACUGCCUCGCCUACUCCGCAGUCAGUCUUUAAUGAUGCUCCGAGUACAAAUAUUCGAUCGGAGGAAGAAGACGAAGAUAGAGUACAUUUGUUGCCAGAACUUGCUCGUGCUGUCUCGGCAAUCAAUGAUCUACUCAACCAAGUUGCGGCGUCCGAAACCUCACGAGCUAGACCUGGAGAAGGUCACGAUGACCUUCCUUGGGUUCCAGCAGAACCACAAAAUUCAUCAUCUAGUCCAAACUACAACCGACGCCAGCUACAGAAUCUAGCGCCACUUCUAGAUCGACUUGGACGAACUUUGACGGAUGCGGCACCGCAUUUGGCAGCCUUGGCCGAUAGUCUUCCAUCGACGCGAACCACUGUGGAAGGGAAUCAAACGGAAUCAUCCGAGACUAACGACGAUGGCUCGAUUCCAGACAGUCUACCCGAUCUGAAUAUGAAUCUAAGUAGGAACAGUGGUGAUGGUGACCAUCAUCCUCCAACUACUGGGGGAUUGCUCUCGCUAUGGAAUCGAGAACGUCGUAGUCAGAAUAGUAUGCAUCCAGACGAAGUGCGAUCUGGCCUUUUGACGGAUGAAGAUAUAGAUCCGGACUAUGUGGAUUAUGCCACUGGUGUGGUCAACACAUCGCGUGGUGAUGUCCGAGCGGGACCGAGGAGUCGGCCGCAAAACGAUGAUGUGGCCAGUUUGUUGGGAGCCUACUUGGCGGCUGCGAGUCUCAGCAAUGCAGUAGGAGGUGAUGAUAAUGGUAACGAAGAAGGAGGUGGCGGUAUGGGCGGUGCAGCGCAGUCAUUAGGAAGUAUACUGCGGGAGCGAGGAAACGGCGGAGGUGGAGGUUCUGGAGGGAUUGAUAUUCACAUUCAUGCAGUGGUCACUACACCAGGUGGAGGCGGUGGUGGUGGCGGCGGUGGAGGACUGGGAUUGGCAGCCUUGGGUGGUGGUGGACCCAUUCCAACAGCUACCGUCAUUGGAAGUGGCAAUGGCGGUGGGGUUGGUGGUAACACUGGUCUCGGUGGCACGGGACGCACACUUUUUGCAUCGCGAGACCGAGGCAGUCGAACUUCAAGCAUUUUGAGGUCCAGGCACUCUCAUACUGCUCCAGCUGUACCUGCUUCGGAAGAAAUUGAAGACACUAGCCUCUUUUCGGAACUCUACUCUGAGAAUCCUGAACCAGUGGAUCCCAAUGGAUCCCCUGAACCCGAUGCUCGAAGAGCUUCUCGGCCCCCAAUAGUGGACGACGAUGACACCGAUUUUAUUCGACGCAUUGCCGCCAUGAAUGAAGGUGAUGACCGUGAUAAUGCUGGUACAAAUACGAGGCGAAGCCGCAACAGUUUCCGACGACAAAGCACAGAACGCCGUGGUUGGGGACGAUUGUUCCGCCGACGAAGAAGCCAUCGGGAUUCCAACCUGUAA